AUGUUCACCACCUUUGUUUUAACCUUUUCCAUUCUGGUUGUAUCGGUCACAUCUCUUCAAUGCUACCUCGGUUAUUCGCUACUCAAAGGGUCAACGAUAGGAACUAACACAAAAACUUGCGAAAAGGAAACCGACUUCUGUUACAACGCGACGGCCGAGGUCACUUCGUUCAGCACUAUACAGAAAGCCGGUUGUAACACUUUUGUUUGUCAGUUCAAUCCAGACACCUGCUUCCAAAGGAACAUCUCUGGGAUACCUGUGACGUUUUGCUGCUGCAGAGACGAAGAUUUGUGCAAUCGAGGAGGGAUGAUGGAUAGCGGAUCGAUUAUCGAACGAGGUGCUGAGGUGCUCAAAGGUGUAGUCAGUUUUCUUGGAUAA